UCUACACUGUAAAUAUCUUCGAUUUGUGAAAACAACAACAUUAAGUAAAAGUUUCGAUUAUCUUUUUUGACAUCACUUAAAAUGCAUAACUCAGAACCCCAAAUUACCAUCAGUAAGGCAACUAUAAGUACCAAAGAUGAGGAACGUGAAAACGUAAACGAAUGGGUUCGAUUUGGAUUAAGAUUGGGAGUUCAAAGUUUGCUUCAUCCACUCGAAUAUGCAAAAGUUUUAAUUCAGAUUGGCCAUGAGCCGAUUCCACCACGUCAAACAAGGACAAUUUUUGGAAAACCUGCGCUGAUACUGCCAAAUAUUUGUCAAUAUGUUUCCCAUAUAAAAACUGUUGAUGGAUUUUAUGGAUGUUUUCGAGGCUUGUCACCAAAGCUUGUUGGAAAUAUGCUUUCUACACAUUUUAGUGAGCGAAUUGCAGAUAAAUUGGGAAUGGCAAAAAUUGACGACGAGGAGAAAGACGAAAUGUCCGAUGAGGAAUAUUCUGAGCGUUUUGAGAAGCAAUUGAAGCGAAGUGUUGUUGUUCAUGCUGCUGGUGCUAUUAUCAGUUCACCAUUUCAUGUUAUUUCUAUUCGAAUGAUGGCGCAAUUCGUCGGAAAGGAAACAAAAUAUAAUUCAAUUAUUGGUUCGAUAAUUCAAAUUUAUAAAGAUGAAGGAAUUCUUGGAUACUUUUCUGGCGUUAUUCCUCGUUUAAUUUUCGAUGUGACUUGCGUCAUUGCUGCUAGCACUGCCACAUAUUUAGUAGGACGUUAUCUUAUUAGUGAACGUGAAGGUCGGUCGUAUUUUGGAAGUGUUUCCGCGUUUGUUACAAGCAGCAUCUUUUAUCCACUUAAUGUUGUUUCAACAUGUAUGAUUGUCAACAAUUGUGGAUUAAAAGCUGGAUCACCGCCGUUCAUGCCGACUUACAGUGAUUGGAGAAAUUGUUAUGAUUGUUUGCGUCUAACGGGUGAUCAUAAGAGGGGAAGUAGCAUCUUCUUUAGAUAUGUCCGACAAAAUAAGACUACCAUGAAACGAAUAAACUUUUAAAUUUAAUAUCUAAUCUUAAAUCAUACAAUGAAUAUAAAAUUAAUUGUUAAAAGUUUGUUUUCAAUGUAAAUUCCAAAGUUUCUUCUUAAUAAAUUUUAAUCUAAUUAAUUUCAAAACAUCAAAA